UUUUUCACCAAGCGAAGCGACGUUAAUCUAACCUCCUCGAACCGAUUUUACUGGUUGGUGUUGAAUAAUUGGAGGUUACAUCCGGUGCAGCAUCUGGCUGUCACAGCCGCUCACAACGUCUCUCUCUCCGGCGUGAUCAAGGGGAACUGACAAAGUGGUGUGCAACAGAGUGACCCCAUCCACACUUCUCUGUUAGGUGACAACAAAAAGAAAGCCAUGCCCCCACCUGCUGACAUUGUAAAGGUGGCUAUCGAAUGGCCAGGUGCUAAUGCUCAGCUUAUAGAGAUGGACCAGAAAAGACCUUUGCCUUCAAUCAUCCGUGAAGUUUGUGAUGGAUGGUCUUUGUCAGGCUCUGAACAGUUUGCCCUGAGGUAUGCUGAUGGUCCACAGCUUUAUAUCACUGAAGAGAGCCGCAGUGAAAUAAAGAACGGGACCAUCCUUCGAUUAGCCAUUUCUCCCGGCCGGGCUGCUCGUCAGCUCCUGGAGCGUAUCCAAUCCCAUGGGAUUGACGCUCGCCUGGAGGCUCUAAAGGAGUUGGCCAAGCUGUCAGCGGACCCCACGUUUGCCACGGAGUUUAUCAACAUGGAGGGAAUUGGGACGCUGGCCCGCCUAGUUGAGAGCGGCACCCACUUUGGUGAAAUGCUGGCCUUCACUCUCACUGCAUUCCUGGAGUUAAUGGAUCACGGCAUUGUAUCCUGGGAUCUUAUCUCGCUCUCCUUCAUCAAGCAGAUUGCAGGCUAUGUGAACCAGCCCAUGGUUGAUGUGUCCAUCCUGCAGCGCUCUCUGGCCAUCCUGGAGAGCAUGGUCCUCAACAGCCACAGCCUCUACCACCGAGUGGCUCAGGAGAUCACCGUGGGACAGCUCAUCGGGCACCUGCAAGUGUCAAACCAAGAGAUUCAGACCUAUGCCAUCGCACUCAUCAAUGCUCUUUUCCUGAAGGCACCUGAGGAUAGACGACAGGAGGUGUACGCUAACCCGCUGGAGCAGCACCUCACUGAAAUGGCAAGCACUUUGGCCCAGAAGCACCUACGAUCCAUCAUUCUUAAUCACGUCAUAAGAGGAAAUCGACCAAUCAAAGCAGAGAUGGCACAUCAGCUGUAUGUGCUGCAAGUGUUGACCUUUAAUCUUUUGGAGGAACGAAUGAUGACCAAAAUGGAUCCUAAUGACCAGACUCAAAGAGACGUGAUUUUCGAGCUGCGGAGGAUUGCCUUUGAUGGAGAAAAUGACCCCACUGGUACAGAAAAAAGAAAGGCAUUGUAUGCCAAGGAUUAUAAGAUGCUAGGUUUCACAAACCAUGUGAACCCUGCUAUGGACUUCACUCAGACUCCCCCGGGGAUGCUGGCUUUGGACAACAUGUUGUACCUGGCCAAGGUCCACCAGGACACAUACAUCCGGAUUGUUCUGGAGAACAGUAGUCGUGAGGAUAAGCAUGAAUGUCCCUUUGGCCGGUGUGCCAUCGACCUGACUCGGAUACUCUGUGAGAUACUACAAGUUGGAGAAUUGCCUAAUGAGGGCUGCAACGACUACCAUCCUAUGUUCUUCACUCAUGACCGAGCAUGGGAGGAGUUCUUUUGCAUUUGCAUCCAGCUGCUCAAUAAAACCUGGAAGGAGAUGAGGGCCACCUCUGAGGACUUUAAUAAGGUGAUGCAUGUGGUCCGAGAGCAGAUCACCAGGGCUCUGGCCAUGAAGCCCUCGUCUUUAGACCAGCUAAAGAACAAGCUACGAGGUCUCAGCUACUCAGAGAUACUGAGACUACGACAGUCUGAGAGAAUGAGCCAGGAUGACUUUCAGUCUCCUCCCAUCAUUGAGCUGCGAGAGAGAAUCCAGCCUGAGAUUCUGGAGCUCAUUAAGCAGCAACGACUCAAUCGGCUGUGCGAGGGCAGCUGUUUCCGAAAAGUAGGCAACCGCCGAAGGCAAGAGAAAUUUUGGUUCUGCAGACUCUCUCUCAACCACAAAGUACUGCAUUAUGGGGACUUGGACGAAUCACCUCAGGGUGAAGUGCCUUUUGAGAUGCUCAGCGACAAGAUUCCUGUGUCUGACAUCAAAUCUGUAGUGACUGGGAAGGACUGUCCUCAUAUGAAGGAGAAAAGUGCUCUCAAGCAAAACAAGGAGGUGCUGGAAUUGGCCUUCUCUGUCCUUUAUGAUCCGGAUGAGACGCUAAACUUUGUUGCGCCCAACAAAUAUGAGUAUUGCGUCUGGACGGAUGGCCUUUGCGCGCUGCUGGGCAGAGAGAUGAGCAGUGAUCUGACACGCAGUGACCUGGACACACUCAUCAGCAUGGAGAUGAAGCUCCGCCUCCUGGACCUUGAGAACAUCACAAUCCCAGAGGCCCCGCCCCCUGUUCCGAAGGAGCCAAGCUCUUAUAAUUUCACUUACAACUACAGCUGAGAUGUCUUGAUUGUAAAGCAAAUUAGCAAUGGUCAAGAAUGUGCACUCUCUCUAUUCUAACAAAUCAUGCGGUGUGUGUGAUUAAAAAAAAAGGCUACCCUGGAACCUCCAAAGGCGAAAAUAAUUCAUCGUUGUCCUGAUUUUAAAAGUGUUUUCCAGGCUCAAAAUGUCACUAUCAUAACACCUUUAUUAACUGUACAGGCAAUGUUUUCAUUAGCAUUACCCACUGAAUAAUAAAACUAAAAUAAAGUACAGUGAUCCCUGUAUAGUUGCGGUUCACUUAUCCAACAUUUUUUUUUUAACCAGUCCGCCAUUAUACAGUGAAAAACUCACCCCAGAUCAAAUCAUUAAAAGUAUUACUUUGCCACAAAUCUUGUGGCAUCUAUAGGCAAUUAUAAACCUUUUUUGGGGGGUCAAUUGCUCGCGGUUUUUCGGUAUUUGUACAAAUGAUCGUGGGAGGAAAUAUAGAUACAUGAGGUCAAGGCACACGUAUUUUAGUCACCAGCAGUUUUCACCAGCUCAUUCUGUAUUUAAUAAAGGUACCCGCUAACGUUCAAUGCGCCAGUCAGGGACGGAUCACUGCGUCCUCUUCCACAUAAAGAGACGUCUCCAUGCGUGACUACUGCGCCGCUUUUAAAUGGAACGAGAGAAGCCACUUUGAUUGUACAGUAUUGAAGUCUGCCGUGAUAAUGUCCACACCAGCGCAGAUGUUCUACGUUUAAGCUGCUCGGGGUACGCUGGUCCACGGAAUUACCUAAACCGGGUCUAGCCCGACUACUCACAAGAGUUAUGCCAAGCGCAGCGCUGGAUUUGCGAUAGUCCUGAAAAUUGAGCCCUUGGUUUUAUUUUCAAAAUAUUCAUUGAACUGAAGUCUCAUAAGAUUUACUGAUAAAUUUUCGUUGGACUAAAUUGAACAACUUUUGAGGCAUUCGACCAUGGAGGUUCCGCUGUACUAUCUUUUUUUUCUUUUUGUACAUUUCUUAUUUGUGACUAUAUGAUUCAUACAUGUCAUCUGUACCUAGUACGCUUCACAUUGUGCUUGUUUGUGUGUCCGUGCGUGUGUGUGCGCGUUUGUGUAAUGCAAACUCCAUAUAGGAAGGCCACAGAACCUCUCAACUGUGAAGCAGAGGUGCCAACUACAAUACAGUAAUAUAUUUGUAGGAAAAUAUUUAGAAUAAUAUUAUUCUGUACUAUUUUUUUCCAUUAGCAGUCACAAGAAGGCCGAUUUAGAAUCCAAAACAUGUAAUACACUACUAUGUAUACAUGUAUUUUCAUAGGUGCACACUGUACUUAAAAUUAAAAAUCUGAUUACAAAUGUGGCAAUGAUUAGAAAUGUAUUGAUUGGAUUUUGAAAAUGUCUCCUUAUUGGGUCGCUUGGAAAUGUGUUCAGUCUUAGAUUUGUUUGCUAUUGUUUAUUGAUAACCAUUUUUUAACAUUGCCUCUGAGGGUUGAACAGGAGAUUUUUAAGAAAGCAUUGCAAUAUAUGGAAUGACCUUUUUCUAUGUCAUUUCGGUUAGUUUACCAGUUUGAUCUGGGAUAAUAAGGACAAUUAGAGUACGACACGUUUCGUCUUUGUAAUACAGUGGCCAUUAUGGUACUAACCCUGCUGUGUCAUUUGUUUAAAAAUGUUUUUGUCAUCUUUUAAAAACCUGUCAAUGUUGAAUCUACUGUAGUACGAAUCAUGUUAAUGAUGUCAUUUGUUAAUGCUGAAUAGAAUUAUAUUUUUGUAAAUGAUUGUACACUGUGAGGAGAAUGGUAACAACAUGACUUUGCAUAACGCUGUUUUCAGCAUGCUAUGUUUUUUAUUUUUUAUUUACCAUGCUGCAUCAACCUGAAUGCCACAAAACAUUUCAGACCAUCAUUUGACCAUGUUUUCAAAUGUUAUCUUUGCUUUUUUUUUUUUGUACUUGUAUUUGUAUUUUAUUUUAGUAUUAGAAUAGGAACUUUACCAGACAAAGAUGAUGUCAGUUGUGUCUUUUCUGGCUAGAGGGUAUUACAAAUCCUAGUACUAUUGAUGGUAUCUGUGAAAAAUGUCUGUUUUAAACUACUAAUGGAUGUAAUAGUUUCAUAUUUUUUACAGUUAAGAAGCUGCUAUCAGAGAAUUCCAACUGAAUUUAGCAUACAGCAUUAACUGCAGUGACUGACGGGUUUUUGCAUUAGAUAUGCUAACAGUAUGACUUGCAUCUGGUACUUUUCUCCACUUGCUUGUAAUAGUAUUGAAUGAGAUGUUGUUAAUUGAUAAAUACAACAGCAAAAAAAAAAAAAAAACUAAAAUCUAAAUAUGGUAUACAUAUGCAGUAAAUCUGUGUAUAUAUGGUAUUGUGUUGCCUUCAUUGGAGAAAAUGUAUAAUGUUUUGUGUGAAUAAAUACAAAGUACCCAGAAA